UUUAACUUAAAUCGAAGUUGCGGUUAUAUCGUAUCAGUCGACACUAAUGUCUUAACUUGUUUCGUCUGAUUAAUCUAAAACAGUUUAUGAUGGACACCUUCAACCAAGAAACUCAACCCAGUUCGAGUUCACAACAAUUCUGUUCAUUCUGCCUUCGUGCAAGGCAUCCAAACAUAGAGUUCUUCAGCGACGGAAGUUCCGAUAAACUACAGCUUCAACACCUUCUCGGGUACGACUUCCGGCUGGAAAACUACUUCAUCUGCAAACCAUGCUGGAAGAUGUCGCAGUUGCUUCAGGACUUCCGGUUACGGUGCGUGAAAGCAUACAGUCUGGUCGAACGCGUUGGCCAAGGAUUGAAAGCGGAGGACGAUUGGUUCAGUGAAAGGAAUCUGACAGCAAUCGAAAGCUUCCGGAUGGUGAUCAAGGAUCAGCUGCAGGAGAUCGAGAAGCUGUCGGAGAGUACUUCUGGGGAUGUUUUAGCGAUAAAAACAGAGUUAAUUGGUGUUAAAACUGAACCCAUUGAUGAAGGUACGAUCAAGAGUGAUGAUGAAAAUAUGAGCUGGCAAUUUGAUCAAUAUGUGGUAAAGGAUGUAGUCGAAGACGCUUUAGAAACGGCUUUCGAUUUUAGUGAGAUUAAGAUUGAACCAAAUGAAGCGUACACUAGUCACGAGUCACGAUCGGAUGCUGCGGAAGACAAGCAAAAUGAUUCAAUUAACAACGGAUCGCAACCUCGCAAUACCUAUCAAUGUCCAGAAUGCCCAACGAAAUUUACAAGUCAUCAAAGGCUAGCAGCUCAUGUGAUAAAACAUGCUGGAAACAAACCCUACAAAUGUCGUAAUAGUUGCGAAAAGGAGUUCGCUACGACAAAGAACCGAAGGAAACACGAGCAGCGAUGUGGCAACGAAGUGUACCAGUGCAACCUGUGCGAGGUCCAGCUGGACCGCCGGCGCAGCCUGUUCGACCACUACAACGCUGUUCAUCCGGGGGAGCCGAAGCACCCGUGCGCGCACUGCGAGAAACGGUUCAAGAAAAAAGAACAACUCCAGCGACACGAGAAGAGGAUUCAUUCGGGGGAUCGAGUAAGAGAAUUUUCCUGCCAGCAGUGUGGGAGGACGUUUGCGGAAAACGGCACUUUGAAAAAGCAUAUGAAGAUACACAUUUAAGGAACAACCUGAGAGGUCAUCGUCAAGCUGCUCUGGCAUCGAAGUGGAAACGGAAUUAGGCAAAACUUAGUUCAGAAAACUUUUUGUUCAUCGGAAUCAGGCACGAUAGUUUGUACAGAUCUCAUGUUAAUAAACAGCCACAUUAUUAAUUCAAAUAAAAUUAAAAUAAUCUCAUAAGAA